AUGUCAUUUUCACAAAUGCACCAAGUAAUGCUUCCCGCCAAGCACCCACUGACAGAUUUAAUAAUAAAACACGAACAUCAUCGCAAUUUGCACGCUGGAGCUCAAUCCGUAUUAGCGAGUUUAAGACAAAAUUACUGGAUAAUUAACGGCCGUCAGUCUGUGCGUAAAAUAUUACGUAGAUGCAUUACAUGCUUUAGGGCAAAACCAAAUGAACUUUCCCAACUAAUGGGACAGUUACCUCAGCAACGCGUAACUCAAAAUAGAAUAUUUUCUAAGGUCGGGGUCGAUUAUGCAGGCCCGUAUGAUAUUAAAGAUGGAAAGACACGAAAUCGGAAAAUUGUAAAAUCAUAUAUUUGUUUAUUCGUUUGCUUAUGCACAAAGGCAGUUCAUGUAGAGUUAGUUGGCGAUUUAACUGCAUUAGCUUUCUUAAACGCACUAAAAAGAUUUGUAUCUCGUCGUGGAGUAUGCACCUCCAUAUUCUCGGACAAUGCAACCAAUUUUAUCGGCGCAAACAAUUUUUUAAAGGACAUUCACUCUCAUACAAAAGUAAAAAAUUAUAUAUCUGCAAACAAAAUAGUUUGGAAUUUCAUACCCGCUAGAUCGCCACAUUUCGGCGGCCUGUGGGAAGCGUCGGUAAAAAAUUUAAAACAUUACAUAAAACGAUUAACGAAUCAAACAAAUCUAACUUUUGAAGAGUUUUAUACAUUUAUUGUACAAGUUGAGGCAAUCCUCAACUCUCGUCCUGUAACCCCAUUAUCGUCUGAUCCCAAUGAUUUUGAACCGCUAACACCGGGACACUUCCUAAUUGGAGCACCUUUAAAUUCGCUGCCGCAAGAGGAAGUAAUGGAUAGAAAGUUCAGCGUAUUGUCCAAAUAUUUUCAAAUCCAGCAAAUGGUACAACACUUCUGGCAUCGAUGGUCGCAGGAUUAUAUCAAUACCUUACAACAACGCACCAAAUGGAAGUUCGUAAAAAACAACGAAGAUUUAUUAAUGGGCAGUUUGGUGAUAUUAAAGGAGGAUAAUCAACCGCCGUGCAAAUGGGCCAUGGGACGAAUCACUGGACUACAUCGAGGAAGUGACGAUAUAGUUCGCGCCGUUAGUGUAAAAACGCAAAACAGUGAAACAAAACGUGCCAUUAACAAAGUGUGUUUGCUACCUGUUUAA